AUGGGAAGAUCACCAUGUUGCGAGAAGAAGAAUGGGCUCAAGAAAGGUCCAUGGACUCCUGAAGAAGAUCAAAAGCUCAUUGAUUAUAUCAACAAAAAUGGUUAUGGAAAUUGGAGAACUCUUCCCAAGAAUGCUGGUUCGUGGUCUGCAAUUGCGGCUAGAUUGCCAGGACGAACAGACAACGAGAUCAAAAACUAUUGGAACACUCACAUCAGAAAAAGACUUCUAAAGAUGGGAAUCGAUCCGGUAACACAUAGUCCACGUCUUGAUCUUCUCGAUAUCUCCUCCAUUCUCAGCUCAUCUCUCUACAGCAGCUCUUCACAUCAUCAUCUUCAACAACAUAUGAACAUGUCGAGGCUCAUGAUGGGUGAUGGUCAUCAUCAGCAAUUAGUUAACCCGGAGAUACUCAAACUCGCGACCUCUCUCUUUUCAACCUCUCAGCAACAUCAUCAGAACCAGAACCAUACCACACAAGAGAACCAAACCGAUAUAAACCAAUACCAAAGUGGUUACAACAUGAUUGGUAACCAAGAAUUACAAUCUUGCUUCCCUAACAUGGAUCAGUUCGCUGAGUUCCAAGGCUUCGUGCCAACGAAGACAGUCCAAGAUUCAAUGCCUUCGUACCCAUCAUACCACGACGAUGAUUAUUCGAAAUCUAACUUUGUGUUGGAACCUUAUUACUCCGACUUUGCUUCGGUCUUGACCACACCUUCGUCGAGUCCGACUCCACUAAACUCAAAUUCUACAAGUUACAUCAAUAGUAGCACUUGCAGCACCGAGGAUGAAAAAGAUUAUUGCAGUAAUAACUUAAUGAGUACUUCUGAAAUUCCUGAUUAUUCGUUUGAUGUUAAUGGUUUUCUGCAAUUCCAAGAAACAAAAAAACCAUUGGGACAGAGUUAUUUAACAAAAUAUUGUAUUCGUUAA